AUGGUCAGCGCUGACUGUACAUACAUUUGUUCUUACCGCUCGCCGCCCCGCGCUAAGCUGUUGCUGAUAGCGGCGAAGUCUUGGCCAGGCUGUAAGGCCAUGGCGGUCACAGCUAAGUUCUUAGCGGCGUCGACGCGCGGCAUGUACAGCAGAGCAGUGACGUUCGUCAGCCUCAACCGGUCAGCGUUAUAUGAAACGCUUCAUAUUAAUACAUACAUAUAU